AUGAAGUCGCCGCCAGAGAGUAGGGACCCCAAGUUGUAUUGUCACUUUCAUAGUGACAUUGGACAUGACACCAAAGAGUGUAAGAGCCUGAAAAAGGCACUGGAUGGACUAGCCUCUAAGGGAUUCCUAAAGAGUUAUAUCAGCAAGAACACUGUAGGUUCUGGAAAACCGUUCUACAAAAAGAAUAAAUCACCUCCCUCGGAAGAGGAUGGAAACCGUACUGAUCCAGAGUUUGUGGCCGUCAUAUCAGGAGGGUUGGCCGCCGGGGGUCCAACCAUGAGGGGUCAGAAAGAUUAUGCCAAGCGGCUGGGGCAAGUGAUGUUGUCAGGAAAGGCCACAACCGACCCCUUCCCAAAAGUGGAGAUUGGCGAGGCCGACCGGGGAAAAAUAGCCACCCCACAUGAUGAUCCACUGGUAAUCGAGUUGAAGGUUGCCAAUCUGAGGGUUAGGCGCAUUCUGGUUGAUACAGGGAGUACGUCAGAUAUAAUUAGCCUUGAGUGUUUAAACCGACUACAGCAUGAUUCCUCAAAAAUAGAGAAAAUUCACUAUCCUAUUAUAGGCUUUGGAGGUAGUAUCAUCCAUCCAGUUGGCAUCAUUUCUCUCCCUCUGCGGAUGGGAAAUAAGAAAGAGUCUCGUCAAAUGGACGUCCGUUUCCUCAUAGUAAAAGAUCUGACUGCCUAUAAUAUUAUAUUGGGGCGUCCUACUUUGAACAAGGCAAAGGCUGUUAUUGUUACUCACUUGAUGCUUCUAAAGUUUGUCUGUGAUUAUGGGAGCGUCAGCACCAUACAUGUUAAUCAGCAGCAAGCUAAAAACUGCUAUUUAACCACGCCGAAUUCAGAGGCAUGGGGGUCAGGGGAAGAGAAAGAUGUGUUAGAUAAGCCAGGUAGAGUAGUGCCCAUUGGAAUUUCUCCUGAUGACCCGCUAGCGGCAGAGUUGGUCAACCUAUUGAGAGAAUUUGAAGAUAUCUUUGCUUUUACUGUUGAAUAG